AUGGAAACUAAUACUGAGAUCAUCACUGUGGCAGACAAAAGUGAGUCCCCCAGAGUGGAAAUAACCACAGAGCCCACCAUUGUAGAAAGUACUACAGGUUUGACUACGACGGAAGUCACUUCUGUAGCCACCACUUUGGAAACUACUGAGUCAAUCACUUUGGAAGCUACUACAAUGCCCAACACCGAGGAAUCAACUACUGUGCCCACUAGUGUGGAAACAAUGACUGACCCGACCACUGUGGAAACUACCAUAAUGCCCACCACCAUGGAAACCACCAAACUGCCUAACACGGUGGAAACAAAGAAUGUACCAAUUACUACGCCCACCAUUGUGGAAAAAACUACUGAGCCAGCCACUUUGGAAGCUACUACAAUGCCCAACACCGUUAAAACAACUACUGUGUCCUCUACUAUGGAAACAAUGACUGACCCCACCACUACAGAAACUACCACUGUGUCCACUACCAUAGAAACCACCAAACUGCCUAACACUGUGGAAACAAAGAAUUUAUCAAUUACUAUGCCCGCCACUGUGGAAACAACUACUAACCCAACCAUUUUGGAAGCUACUACAAUGUCCAACACCGUGGAAAAAACUAUUGUGCCCACUACUGUGGAAACAACGACUGACCCGACCACUGUGGAAACCACAGCUGUGCCCACCACCAUGGAAACCACCAAUGUGUCCACCUCUUUGGAAACAACAAUUAAAUCAACCACCGUGGAAUCUACUACCUUGCUUAACACCGUGGAAACAAGUACUGUGCCCACCACUGUGGAAACAACGACUGAGUCAACCAUUUUGGAAGCUACUACAAUGCCCAACACCGUGGGAAAAACUACUGUGCCCACUACUGUGGAAACAACGACUGACCCUACCACUGCCGAAACUACCACCGUGCCCACCACCGUGGAAACCACCACUGCGCCCACCUCUGUGGAAACAACUAUUAAAUCAACCACCGUGGAAUCUGCUACUUUGCCUAACACCGUGGAAACAAGUACUGUGCCCACCACCGUGGAAACAACGACUGUGCCCACCACUAUGGAAGCUACCACUGAGCCCACCACCAUGAAAACCACCACUGUGCCUACCACUGUGAAAAAAACGACUGUACCGACCACUCCCCGAGUUCUUUCAGAGGAAGAAUUGCGAAAGAUUUUUAAUUUGCCCUUAGGAGGUGAAAAUUUCAAUUACUACUCUGACAUUUUUUUCCUAGACAAA